CAUCGACGGGGGCCGCAAUACAUCGUCGCCGGGGAAGAGCGAGAUGUCCCAUCGCAAGCAUCUCCGCCGAAUCGGCGAUGGCGCUGCCACCGUGCCAGUGACUCGGGAGACCCUGAAGGAGGACAUACGCGUGCUGCUCGACCAGAUCUACGACUUCUACAAGGCGGCGCUCGACCAGAUGCCGACGGAGGAGAUUCCCUCGCUGGCCCUGCGCCUCCUCAGCGCCGGCGUGUGCUUCGGCGUGCUGGACCCGGUCUCCAACAUCAUCGCCAACGCCAUCUCAUACUCCCCCUCUUCGCCAACGUCCAUCAAUCCCGGUGAUGAAGAUGACGGGAAGGCGGCCCAGCUGCACACAAGGGAGUCAGUCUUGUCCAGGAUCGUCAGCGAUAGCGAUGACUUCCUCCACCUCCGGCUGUCCGCGAAGAUGGCCGAACGCAUGACCGUCGCCCGGCGGUCGCUCGAAGGCCUUGUAAGCUUCCUCAUAUUCUACUUCCGCUACCUCGCGGAGACUGAGGCGCUACGCUACCUGCGCCUGGCCGGUGCUGACCUCCUUGCCGCCGUGCGGCUCAUCUUGCUGGACCGUAACAGCAGCGUCGACCCACAGAACGGCAAACCCGGAUCCUGUGUCAUCUCCCUUAGCACCAAGGUAGCCCUGGGCUGUGCCGCUGUCUCUGCAAAGCACCCCGAACCAACCACCUUUCUGAGAGCGUCGCAGUUGCUGGCAGCUCGGCUGAACGAUGCCUCCAUGAUUCUGCCCGUGCAGUGCAAGGGCCGCCACGUCUCCUCUGCAAACUUGAAGCGCCUCGGCAAGCUGCUAAAGGUGAAGGAGGAGGAGGUGAAGGAGCUUCCAUCUAGUGCCUCUUCUGAAUACACAGAGAGGGGAAGUAGGAAGAGAAGGGCGAAGGAGGUGCCAUCUGGGGCCUCUGCUGAAUAUACUGAGAGUAGGAAGGAGGUGACUGCAACAUUCCGCUACAUGCAAACAUUGAAACUCUUGCUCCUUGACAAAAUUCAUGCACAUUACCUGGAAGCACUUGCCCGUCUGUCGGGAGAUGUCUUGCGCGAGUGUCACCACAGCAGCAUCCUCAGGGCUGGUUAUUGUUAUGGCCCAAUGGAUCCUGGCUCCAACAUCAUUCUGAACACAAUUUGGUAUGCCACUACAUGCAUGCCCCACUCAGAGUGAUUUUGAGGUUGCUAUAAUAUGCACUAAGGCACUUCGGCUCAGAGUGUUGCUCUCUGUAUGGCCUGGUUGCCUUUCUCUGUGCACUCUUCAACACAUUCACAGAACAUGUUGCGGCAUGGUACUUGCUU